CGCCUUGGUUAGUGUGGAGCCGGCCGGCCAGGCCUGCGCAGUUGCGGCGGCCGGGGAAGAUGGUGGAGGACGGCGCGGAGGAGCUGGAGGACCUGGUGCACUUCUCGGUGUCCGAGUUGCCUAGUCGCGGCUACGGCGUCAUGGAGGAGAUCCGGCGGCAGGGCAAGUUGUGCGACGUGACGCUCAAGAUUGGGGACCACAAAUUCAGUGCUCACCGGAUCGUCUUAGCAGCCUCGAUCCCGUACUUCCAUGCUAUGUUUACAAAUGACAUGAUGGAGUGCAAGCAGGAUGAGAUUGUAAUGCAAGGAAUGGACCCAAGUGCCCUGGAGGCUCUGAUCAACUUUGCCUACAAUGGCAACCUUGCCAUUGACCAGCAAAAUGUGCAGUCAUUGCUGAUGGGGGCGAGCUUCCUGCAGCUGCAGAGCAUCAAAGACGCCUGCUGCACAUUCCUCCGAGAACGGCUUCAUCCAAAAAAUUGCCUGGGUGUGCGCCAGUUUGCUGAGACAAUGAUGUGUGCUGUGCUGUAUGAUGCAGCCAACAGCUUCAUCCACCAGCACUUUGUGGAGGUGUCCAUGUCGGAAGAGUUCCUGGCCCUGCCCUUGGAAGAUGUACUUGAGCUAGUGUCUCGGGAUGAGCUGAAUGUAAAAUCAGAGGAACAGGUCUUUGAAGCUGCACUGGCCUGGGUCAGAUAUGACCGGGAGCAGAGGGGACCCUGCCUGCCUGAGCUGCUGUCCAAUAUCCGCCUGCCCCUUUGCCGGCCCCAGUUCCUGUCAGACCGAGUGCAGCAGGAUGACCUGGUGCGUUGCUGCCACAAAUGCAGAGACCUGGUAGACGAAGCAAAAGACUAUCACCUCAUGCCAGAGCGCCGGCCCCACCUGCCGGCUUUCAGAACUCGGCCACGCUGCUGCACGUCCAUUGCUGGGCUUAUCUACGCUGUGGGGGGCCUCAACUCUGCAGGUGAUUCCCUGAAUGUGGUGGAAGUGUUUGACCCCAUCGCCAAUCGCUGGGAGAAAUGCCAUCCAAUGACAACAGCCCGCAGCCGUGUUGGCGUGGCUGUAGUGAACGGGCUUCUGUAUGCCAUCGGGGGAUAUGAUGGCCAGCUACGGCUGAGCACUGUGGAGGCCUACAACCCGGAGACGGACACAUGGACCAGAGUGGGGAGCAUGAAUAGCAAGAGAAGUGCCAUGGGGACAGUUGUGCUGGAUGGGCAGAUCUACGUCUGUGGGGGCUACGAUGGCAACUCUUCCCUCAACUCUGUGGAGACCUACUCACCUGAGACAGACAAGUGGACAGUGGUGACCCCGAUGAGCUCGAAUCGCAGUGCUGCUGGGGUUACAGUCUUUGAGGGCAGGAUAUAUGUGUCGGGCGGCCACGAUGGUUUGCAGAUCUUCAACAGUGUGGAGCACUACAACCACCACACAGCCUCCUGGUACCCAGCAGCUGGCAUGCUCAACAAGCGCUGCCGGCAUGGAGCUGCCUCCCUAGGAAGCAAGAUGUUUGUUUGUGGGGGCUAUGAUGGCUCUGGCUUCCUCAGCAUCGCCGAGAUGUACAGUUCUGUGGCAGACCAGUGGUGCCUGAUAGUACCCAUGCACACACGCCGGAGCCGGGUCUCCCUUGUGGCCAGCUGUGGGCGCCUCUAUGCUGUGGGGGGCUAUGAUGGACAGUCAAACCUGAGCUCGGUGGAGAUGUAUGACCCAGAGACGGACCGCUGGACAUUUAUGGCCCCUAUGGCAUGCCAUGAGGGAGGGGUCGGUGUGGGCUGCAUCCCUCUCCUCACCAUCUAAGGCAGAGGGUAGGAUGUGGUAGGGUGGGAAUCUGGUACAGACAUACAUAGGCGCUUCCUUCCAGGAAUAAUCCCUCUCAGGGGAGGUGGUGGACCAGAAGAUGGGGUGAAAUGUGAGCUUGCCAGACAUACAGUUUUUCCAGGUGCUCAAGUCCUCCCUCACUGACCUUCAGGCCUGGGUCAUCAAGAUGCACAGCACAGGACAGGACGAAAGCCCCUCUGGGUCCCGCAGCUGGUGAUAUGGAAGUGUUUUGCUGUUCCACAUGAACACUCCAUCCAAGCCCAGCUCCCACCCACCGCGGCUCUGUGGGCCACCCAUUUGCAGAAGGCCUUCCAUCUGAUGCACCUCCUUGCCUGCUUGUUUUCCACCCACAUUGUGGCCAGUUUGCCAUGAGGAAGCUGCAGUGGCCCAGCCUGUUGGAAACUGUGGGGUAUAGCUGGGAGAGAAAGGGCACACUCCUAAUGUUCUUACUGCCUGUGAUGAUGCAGCUAAAGCAACAUGCUGGCUACACACGAGCAUGUUCCAUCUUCCGUUGUAGGGCACAAAGGAUUUUGUUCUAAUCACCGGUAAGCAGGAAAUACGGAAGUUUUUCCCAUGUCUAAUUUUGGGAUUUCAGUGAGGUCUUUUUCAUCUUGAACAGGAGAAACAGAAGGGAAAAAAA